AUGGCUAGGAGACCGGUGACGUCGACCGCCGAGCACCGCCCGAACAACGAGAGAUUCCCCCGCCCCCCUACCUCGGGCUUCCAGAGGGGAGACCUGAGGUCAACUUUCCCCCGACCCCCUAUCUCGGGCUUCCAGUGGGGACACCUGAGGUCAACCUACCCCCGCCCACCUACCUCAGGCUUCCAGUGGGGAGACCUGAGGUCAACUUUCCCCCGACCCCCUAUCUCGGGCUUCCAGUGGGGACACCUGAGGCUUCCACCCAACCUUCCCCGCUUCCAGUGGGGAUACCUGAGGUCAACCUACCCCCGCUCCCCCUACCUCAGCCUUCCAGUGGGGAGACCUGAGGUCAACCUACCCCCGCCCCCUACCUCGGGCUUCCAGUGGGGAGACCUGAGGUCAACCUUCCCACGCUCCCCUACCUCAGGCUUCCAGUGGGGAGACCUGAGGCUUCCAGAGGGGGGGAGACCUGAGGUCAACCUACCCCCGCCUCCUACCUCGGGCUUCCAGUGGGGAGACCUGAGGUCAACCUACCCCGCCCCCACCCCGUGCUUCCAGUGGGGAUACCUGAGGUCAACCUACCCCCGCUCCCCUACCUCAGCCUUCCAGUGGGGAGACCUGAGGUCAACCUACCCCCGCUCCCCUACCUCGGGCUUCCAGUGGGGAGACCUGAGGUCAACCUACCCCCGCCUCCCCUAUCUCGGGCUUCCAGUGGGGAGACCUGAGGUCAACCUACCCCGCUCCCCCUACCUCAGGAUUCCAUGGGGAGACCUGAGGUCCACCUACCCCCGCUCCCCCUACCUCAGGCUUCCAGUGGGGAGACCUGAGGUCAACCUACCCCCGCCCCCUACCUCAGGCUUCCAGUGGGGAGACCUGAGGUCAACCUACCCCGCCCCCUACCUCAUGCUUCCAAAGGGGAGACCUGAGGUCAACCUUCCCCCGCCCCCCCAACCUACCUCAGGCUUCCAGAGGGGAGACCUGAGGUCAACCUACCCCCACCCCCUACCUCAGGCUUCCAGAGGGGAGACCUGA